UUAUGACUAAGAUUCUGAUAUAUAUAGCCAAAUAUAUAACAUUUAAUAUAAUUUAAUGGAUUUCGGUGCUGCAUUUGUAUCAAAUUAGAUUCAAUCAAGAAAUUAACACAUUUAUAGAACAAAACAAAACACCAAGUAAUUUCUUAAAGUGAACUACUACAACAACCACAACAACCAAAUAUAGAACAGCAAAGCAAAGAAAGCCAAUUCAAACCUCUCUCAAUUUCAAUUAGCGUUCAUAUUGUGGGAGUUAGGAUCAAUCAGUUCCAUACUCCAAGCAUCUUUUACCAGAAAGCAUAUUUAAGAUUAAGAAAGCAACAAGACUAACGCGUUAUAAUGUUAAAUCCAAAUAAUACAGGCACCACCCGUAGAACUUUCUCCAGGAACGUACCUGCACGUACCAUACGUGGACGCAUGCUGUUCUCUCCGCACCAUUAUCACAAUCAAUCGCAGCAGAAUCAACAUAAUCAUACAUCUCGUAAUAACAGCAACAACAACAGCAAUAACGGGAUAAAUGUCGGUAACUCUUGGUAUAGCAACAACAACAGGGCUAACAAUAUGAACAUGGAUAAUUGGAAUAUGGCUGGUAAUGGGAAUAAUCACGGUGGUCAUCAUCAGCAAUCACAAUUUCAUCAACAACAAAGAGGCCAACAACAUCAACAGUACAACAACAAUAAUGGACGUGGAGUUUUGAAUAGCAACUCUCAUAGUGGUGGUGGUGAUUAUUACCGUAGAAACCUAAUUAAUAUACCGACUAGCAACAAUAAUAAUAAUGGGUUAAUGUCUCAUCGUGGUGGAGGUGAUUACCACAAUAAUAAUAAUAAUCACCACUAUCAGUAUAUAGACCAUCACGGACAUAACCGCCGUCACAAUAACGUAACCAGCUCAGGGUCUUACGAAAGAAAUCAUAAUGGCAAUAAUAAUUUGAAUUUUGAAAGCCAAAAUUAUUCCCGUAAUAACGAAUUACAUGUCGAUACUCGUGGCGAACGUGGAAGUCUUGACAUAAACAAUGCCGGUUAUAAUGGUGCACGAGGUGGAAAUGGUUUCUCACGUCCUAAUAAUAACAACUACCACCAUAAUCAAAAUCAUUCUUAUAAUAGUACAACGGUAUCAGCUUCCACGACAUCUUUGACGGGUGCUGCUGGUUUUAGUGACGGCCCUUCUGGCUCUGGUUUGUCCGGCUCAACUACAUCAUUAAAUGGUCCUAAAUCGGAUAGUCCCUCACGUAAGCGACGUCGCAUGUCGGCACGUUUACCGAGCCAGUCGCCUCCAGCAAUUUGGGAGCAACGACGUUCCCCCAGAAACUUGCUACAGCAGGGUAGUCCACCUAUACGUCGACCACGAUACCGUGAUGGUGGCGGUCCCUUGCCACCGACUGUUAAUUAUUACAAUAACAAUCAUCAUCAUCACAAUCAUCACCAAAACUUCGCUCAUACUAAUCAACAAUCCUACCUCCAACCUAAUAAUCAUCAACAAACUGGUCAACAACAACAGCAAUCAGCAAUUCGUUCUCCUUGGGAUCCGUUGCAAACAACUUCUGCAGCAGCUAGCGCUAGUGCAGCGACACCAUCAGUAGGUACGCUUAUACCGCAGACUGCGUCAGUUGUUCCCACUCAUCACCAUCCACAAGCAACAACUGGACCACCUGCAAUGAUGGUUGAUAUAAAUCAGGUACCAGUAAGUCUGCCUUUGCGUCAUGCUGAACCAAUAUGGGCGUCAAUUUGCACCUAUCCAGCUCCUCCUCAGCCACGCCUAGGACCUUGUCAUUUACAUAGCAUUUAUACACCAUCGUUUGCGUCACAACCUUGCAAUUCGCACCCUCAUUUUAAUUCACCGCAAUUCGCGGCUGCAUCAACUAACUUUACCACCGCUGCAGGUCCACCGUUGCAACUGCAACAAGCUCAACAACAGGCUGCUGCCGUUGCAGUUGCACAACAACAGCAAUCACAACAGACCGCCGCAAUUGUGGCAGCUGCAACAGCUGCGGCUACCGCUGCCGCCGCUGCCGCUAAUUAUCAACAACAUGCAGCGCAUUUAACUCAACAACAGCGCACAGAUGCGGCCGCUGCUGCUGCUGUUGCCGGUCUAUCAUUAGAACCAACUGGUGCUCAUCAUUUGGAUGGCGUUCAUCAAGGUGCUAAUACACAAGCGCAACAAACAGCACACAACCAAUUACAUGCUGCACCAAUACAUAUUACUCCAAUGUCUGCAGCAGCUGCUGCGCAUUUACAUUCCUCUGCUGCAGCUGCAGCCCAUGCAGCACAAUUGUCACAAUUUACAGCUGCGAUCAUUUCAACAGAGCGUCCACCAUUCGCUUCUCGCCGUUUUGCAAGGCUUUGGCCACCAAAUCAUCCACAUGCUCCACAUCGUCAAGUAUUGUCACAACAAGGAACUCCUGUUCAAAUAUCAACUGGCAUUAUUAAUUCUGGAUUUUUGCUUAAUUUCCUUGCUAUGUUUCCGUUAUCACCUUAUAACCAGCAUGAACUUAACUCACCAGACUCAACUGAAACCGAGAAUUAUGAAGCUUUGCUUAGUUUGGCUGAACGAUUAGGCGAGGCUAAGCCUCGCGGAUUGGCGCGUACAGAAAUCGACCAAUUGCCAAAUUAUAAAUACAAUCCUGAAACCCACAAUGGCGAUCAAACAUCUUGCGUGGUUUGUAUGUGUGAAUUCGAAUUACGUCAAGUAUUGCGUGUGUUGCCAUGUUCACAUGAAUUUCAUGCCAAAUGUGUUGACAAAUGGCUGCGGUCUAAUCGCACCUGCCCUAUAUGUCGUGGCAACGCUUCUGACUACUUCGAGUCGGCAGAUAUACAGCAACCACAUUCACAGCAGAUCAGCGGUGGUAAUCAAAUACAAUCAGGCACGCAAACCACGCCCACUACAGUUAAUGUUGCCGUCGCUGGUACCUCAACUACAGCAGCUACACAAACCCAGCCAACUGCCGCAGCACAAAUGCAGCAACAGCAAAUUCAAACAACACAAGCUCAUUGAAUCAAAACAUUUAUAUAUUUUUAUAUUUUGACGUCCAAAUUUAAAGUACUAAUAGCUUAUUAUUUUAUAAUUGAAAUGACUACGCACCCACAUGGCAAGCAACAUUAAGAUAUUUUCCAAAUUACAAAGUAGUAUUCAACUACUCACCUAUAAAAUUAAUUGUAAUUCAAAUUCACUUUCUAAAUGAUGUGCUCUGUUUUAAAGGAGUUAAAAUUCUAUGAUUAUUCAGACGAAAACAUUUCUUACAUAUUUAUAUACACAAAAUUACAAGUACUAGCUAUUCGCUGGUAUAUAAAAAUUUUAAUAUUUUUAUAUAAAUUUAUAUUAAUUGACAAACAUAUAUUGCUCUUCACGG